AAAAGUGGAAGUGAGCUUUGCGGAUGUGAAAAGAACAGUCCGCACAUUGACUGCGUCAUUCUUGAUGAUGGGGGUUUUCUUUUGAUGACAAACCAAGAUAACUAUGUCCCAGAGAUCGGAAAAUUCUUUGGGGAGAUUGACCCAGGCCUCAUGCGAAAUCUCAUUAAUAUGUCCUUGUAUGCCUUCAACAAGUCUUACGACUAUCAGUCGGUGUGCGAUCCAGAAGAUGAACCGAAACAAGGAGCAGGACUUCGCUCCGUCAAUGUGCCUACCAUAGCAGAUAUUUUACAUCUUGGAUGGUGGGCAUCUGCAGCUGCCUGGUAA